AUGUCUAGCUUACAAGAACUUCGUCGCCAGUCUCAAGAAGCCACUUCCCAGAAGCCUGGUUCCUGGGCCGAACCUGUUUCGCCAGGUGCUCGCAAACCGAUACUCCCUCCAUUCAGAGAUAUCUUGCCAGCAGCUCACAUUCGCAAAACUUCUCUAGACUCGGUAGAGAGCCCUUCCAUUAUUCCAGCUCCUACUCUGCAAAGCUAUUAUUUACCCUUUCGUCGUGCCAAAGACGACAUUGUCAAAAUGCCUUUCACCAUGGUGAAACCGGAGAAUGAAUCCAUUCAUUCGACGACUCGCAAAACCGUGCACGGCAAGACCUUGACCUACACCUUAAACGUCAAGCAGCAGCCCGAGAGAGCUAGAGCAUGUGGAGCUGGGGCUCGAGCGUGCGCUGAUCGUCGUCCUGUUGACCCUCCUCCAGUGGUUGAGCUUCGCGUCUUUGAGGGCGAGAACACCAAGACUGAUAUCACAUUGUCCUACAAUGCUAAUUUCUUUCUUUUCGCUACCCUGGAGGUGGCUCGUCCUAUCGCUAAUGGCCGCAUGCAUCCCUCGCCUGCCAUUCCGGUGCUGACCGGUUGUCCUGUUGCUGGUGCCAAUUACCUAGACCGUCCAUCCCCUGCUGCUUACUUCCUGUUCCCUGACUUGUCUGUCCGUCACGAAGGCUGGUAUCGCUUGAGCUUCAACCUGUAUGAGGCCACCAAGGACGCAGAAGAUUUCGACGUUGAUCGUCCUGCACGAAACGCGGAUCUGGAAGUGCUCACUCCAUGCCCAGGACCCAAAACGCAAGAAAGCAUGGCCUGGCGCCUGGAGGUCAAAUCAACCCCGUUUCAGGUCUAUUCAGCAAAGAAAUUCCCAGGGCUGUCAGAAAGCACUGAAAUGAGCCGAAUCGUAGCCGAUCAGGGUUGCCGCGUUCGCAUACGCCGGGAUAUCCGCAUGAGGAAGCGAAACACAGGCAAGGAUGAAUACGAGGCCUAUGAAGACGGUAUGCGCUCUGGUGAUCGGUAUGCCACACCAGAUUCGGCCUAUCCGCCUCAGACGCCCACCGAGCGGCAACGGUCUGCCAGCCGCUGUAGCAUGGAUGGUAGCCAAUUUGGCGUGGACUCGUACCACCGUGGAUCCCUCCAGGAUUCUGCUUACACGUCCCAUGGAUUUCACUCUGUUACCCCUUCGAUGAGCAAUUGUGGGAGCUCCUUUUCUGUUCCACCACCGCCUAUGAACGGCGCUUCCGCUGGGAUGCCUGCUCCACAACAUCCGGCGUAUACUCAGCCUGCUCCAUUGCAGCCACCAGCCUCUUCUUCUACUUCUUCCCGAGAGUUUGCCGUUCCAUUACCACCUGCGCGUUUAAUGGACCGUCCGUCCGUGGAUCAACCCAAGUCCGGCUAUCCACAGUUGCCUAAUCCUGCAGCAAUGCCUCAUAUGGCCACGGAAGUGACCCAGCCCCAGCCCCAGCCGAGCUCAGGCAUGCAGCUCCCUGCACUGCUCACGGACAACCAGCAAUCUAGACCAUCAUCGGGCACCGUCUUCGAUCCAACUCGCAGACAGUGGAAUCUUCCCCUGCCGGCGCCGUCCUCCAAGCGCAGCUACAGCCCACGCUCGGAUAAUGCACAACUGCCGCUGAAGCAAGGAAUGCGCCCGGACAAUCUUGCACCAGUGACCAACUACAUUUCUGGUAAUAUUGAGGCUGAUAGCGAUCCCUACAACAACAACACCGACGAGGACGAUCAAUACGGCAUUCAUUCGCAAGGUUUCAUGGAAUACCGGCGUGCUUGUGGCAAAUCCAACAGGAAGCGUGUACCAAAUUUGGCAGUUUAA